CCAAGAUCAUCAAAAAGUCAUCUCAUACACAUUCAAUCUAUAUAUAUAUAUUUUUCUUAAAAAAAAAAAAAGAAAUGGCCCAAGAAAAGAAAUUGACCAAGCGCGAGCAAAAGGCUGCUGCAUUCAAGCAAAAGUCAAAGAAGAAGCAGUGUUUCACUGAAGAAACUGCAGUUCCUGAAGCAGACGACCCCACACACAUCGAGCCUUCCUCAGGAGCGAUUCCAAAAAAAGAAGACCAAAAGACAUCAAAGACAAUUGCAGACCAGAAGCCAAAACCUACUGAAAACAAAAAGAAGGCCACAAAGAUUGUGGUUGGUGAAAACGAUGAGAAAGACGAAUCAGAAAAGUCAGGCUCGGUUGGUGCCGGGACAAAGCGUAAACAGACCGAGACCACAGGAGCAACAAACAAGGCGAACAAAAGACAACAAAAGGAUGAGAACCAGGAAAAAGGUGCUCGGUUUAUUGUGUUUGUCGGAAACUUGCCUUACAACACUACCAAGGAAGAAUUGGAAAAGCAUUUCGAGUCCGUUGGCGGUGUGACAUCUGUACGUCUCUUGACAGACAAGCAGACUGGAAAGCCAAAGGGAUUUGCGUUUAUGGAAUUCGAAUCAUCCAAGCAUUUGAGUAAAGCUUUGGCCUUCCACCAUACAUUGUUCAAAAAGAGACAGAUGAAUGUUGAAUUGACAGCCGGAGGAGGAGGAAACAAGAGUACUGCCCGUAAGGACAAGCUCAAGGUCAAGAAUGAACGUCUUCAAGAAGAGAGACAAAAGAAGCAUGAAACCAUAAAGGGAACCGAUGCUCCUGGUUCUUCUUAUGGCAACAAGGAAACUGAAGCAUAAUUUAUAUAUUUAUUAUAUUCUAUCACUAUUAUCACCAUUUUAUUUAUAUAUAGAUUUUUCACUCUCUCUCUCUCUCUCUCUCUCUCUCAUACACACACACACACAUACGUAUAAAAGACAUUCAACUUUAAGAAUUGUAUAAUCCUGACAAUAGCCUUUUUUUCUUUUUUUUCUUUUGAUCAUUAUGAUCAAAUAACCUUUCAUUUUGUACUUUGUGUGACUGCUAAAACAAUUCACAAUUUUGAUCCUCAAUAAAAAAAAAAAGUAAAAAGGG